AUGCCGCGCGUGCGAAACAACCAGGGCCAGUCGGCGAACUCUCUGGCGUCGUCGCUGACCUCCCCACACAAGGCCCGACAGAUCCCGCUGAACGACGACAAGGAGGAGAAGGCCCAACGCCUGCAGUCGCGACAGGCGCAUCACUCCAAACAGAUGAGCGAGAUCCGCGCGGCGGUUGCGACACCGCAGAAGAAGCGCAAGUCGAUGGGACUAGGUGAAGAUGGUCCGUCUACACCAUCGCAAGAUGACGAUCCAUACGGAGUGCGAGGAGACCACGUCACGCCUAUGAAGCGGGUGCCCAUCCUCGCCAACUUCGAAGAGUGGAUGAAGAUGGCCACAGACAACAAGAUCAAUGCGAACAACAGCUGGAACUUUGCGCUCAUUGACUACUUUCACGACAUGAGUUUGCUGAAGGAGGGUGAUGGAGUGAACUUUCAGAAAGCAAGCUGCACACUGGACGGAUGUGUCAAGAUCUACACGAGCAGAGUUGACAGCGUUGCGACCGAAACUGGAAAGCUUCUGAGUGGUCUGGCAGACAGUGGAAACAAGAAGCGCAAAGGUGGAGAUGCAGAUGCGGAGGGAGGUGAAGACGGUGAAGAGGAUGAAGAGAACGAGGAUGGCACAACGAAGAAGAGCAAGAAAAAGACGAAACGAUCCGCAGAAGCAACUUUGGUGACGUCUUUCGAGCAAUUGCGCUUGAAGAAGAUGGAGCUGGAGUUCUCGGUGGAUCCACUCUUCAAGAAGGCUUCUGCAGACUUUGACGAGGGAGGCGCAAAGGGACUUUUGCUCAACCAUCUCUCGAUCGACAGCACCGGCCGCAUUGUCUUUGAUAGCAGCGACGAUGCACAAGAGGAGCUGGACGAAACACGGCGCGACAGCAUGGAACCCGAAGGCGAGGAAGACGGUGAGGCGAAAGAGGCAGAGUCAGUACAAGAGGACGGGCCCGUGGAUAUCGCUGCACUCGGUCUUCGCUUCUUCCCGGAUCUCGAUGUACUGGACGAGCAGGACAUAUGUCCGACAUUGAAAUCAUUCGAGCUCGGGGGUGGCGAGAACGCACCGGAUCUACCUUUCUUGAAAGCACCGGAAAAUUGGCGUGACGAGCAUCCGGAAGCCGACAAGGACGAGCAUGUAGACCAAAGUGGCAUCAACUUGAACGAUCAGACUGCAGCAUUCGGCAUGGACGAUGACGAUGCUGGAGGCAUGGGCUUUGAUCUUGGACCUGAAGUCGGGUUUGGUGAAGGAGGUGAAGCUUGGGCACGCGAUGCUGCAUUGGAACCACAGAUGCGUGUGUACGAUGCGUCGACAGGCGCCGAUGCAGAUGAUGCAGCUGGAGAGGUUGGAGUCUUCGAUACAAACGGGAAUGCUUUUGGCGUCACACUCCAACACAGGCGGAAUGACGACCAGGAGAAUAUCUUAAACUAUUUUGACAAUGCGCUGCAGAAGAACUGGGCAGGUCCAGAGCACUGGAAGAUUGCAAGGAUAAAAGAGGCUAGCAAAGAGACCACGAAGAAGCCUCGCAAAGAGAAGGAGCCUUUCGAGAUCGACUUCGCCGCUCCUAUGUCCCAAGACCUGGCAAGCUUACUGUACACGUCCGCCACGAACAACAGCACGAUUUGCUUACCGAAGAAAGACUGGAAAGCCCGGGAUCGAAAUCUCCUGCCUGAUGACAAGCAUUUCAACUCGAAAGACUUGCUGAAGCUCUUCCUCAAGCCUAAAGCAAAACUUGGCGCACGAAAGUCGAGCAAACAGACUCUCCCAGCGAAUGGCGAAGUGGACGAAGCAUACUGGGCAGCUCACAAUGCAGGACCAGACGCACCUCACCCCAUGGACGAUGAUGCGGUGCAAGGUGACUAUGACGCGAAUUUCUUCCAAGACGAUGGUUUACCAAUGGCCGGCGGCGCUAUGGACGACGAUGACGAUGACUUUGCGGACGCAAGAGAAGCCUUCUCACCUGGUCCAGACGGUGUCGAUGCAGCAGGUCCUACUGGAGUGGGCAUUGACAGCGUUGCUGGGCCUCAAGAACCAGGUGCAGGUGGUGAUGCCUUUGGUGCAAAUCUUGUGGCACAAUCACGAAGGAUGCGACCAGAGUAUGUGCAGUAUGCGCGUGUGGCGAAGAAAGUAGAUGUGAGGAGGCUGAAGGAAGAGUUGUGGCGUGGUAUUGGCUUCGAAGCAAGGCCCGAACAGGAAACGCCAGCGAAACGUCCCCAAAUUCCCGCGCUUGCACACGACAUCAACGAGACCCUACGGUUUACGGACAUCAUGAACAACCUCCAGCACGUGUACCCGAGGCAGCAGAUGUCGGACAUUAGCACGUCGUUUGGCUUCAUUUGCUUGCUACACUUGGCGAACGAGAAGGGCCUCGUGAUUGAAAACGUGGAGGAUUGGACGGACUUGACUGUCAGGAAGGAUUUUGAGGCGUUGGAAUUGGAUGGGAAUGAUGCUUGA